CAAAAUACACUGGUGGCUAGAAAAAUAUAUUGUUAAAAAUUGGAUAAUAAUGUUUUUGAUUUUACUUCAAUUCAAGGAAAAUGGAGAUUGACAUAUUUAGCAAAUUCAUUAUGUUUGUUAUACAAAUUAUCAUAGAAAUCUAGUUUAUAAUGUAAUUAGAACUCGCCUCUUUAGCUCUAGAACGGCUGAAUAUUCAUAUUUCAAGGGGGUAGCAACAUAUUUUAAAGAUGGCUGUUAACUUGAUUCAGAAAAUCAAAGCCACAACAUUUUUGUAGCCACCAAUGUGUAGUGUAAUGCAGUUCGAUGUGCAUACAUAAGGCAAAUGCAAACGUAUAAUUAUUGUAUCUAUGCUAAGCUAUGCAAAUGCGGAAUCGCAACCCUAGCCAUAUAAGUCUUUCAAACGGAUAAAGUCGAACUUGGCUCCAUUAAAACUGCGAUUGUUAAUGGAGAGCAGGCUUUAGUCUGGAAACGUUUAUGGCUAAAUACACUGUGCAACAAAGUGCUGAUCAUUUUUUUAAUAAGUUCGAUAAAGUUGUGUUUGUUAUUUAAAACCUUCCUUAAGAGCAACAAUUUCCUUAGAAAAUUAAAAUAGGUUAACUGAACUGAAUAUAGAUUCGACAUUUUUUUUAUCCAGCAAAAAAUGGUUAGCUAAUUUCGAAAAAACGUAACUUACUUUCUUAAUCUGAAAAAUGUUAAACUAAUUGAAAGCUUUUUUGUUGCACAGUGUUUAAGGUUUGUGCUGAAGAAUGUGUUUUUGUUUGCGUGUCUUUGAAUUGUCUGUAUGUAUGUAUGUAAAACCUUAACUUAAAGAAUAUUUUCGAGACAGAAAUAAAACUGAUAACUAUUUUAAAUAAAGAGUAUAAAAGCAGCUUUACUUUUAAAGUUUGGUCACAAAGUGAAGAAAUGUUCCUUCAAACAGUUCUAUAUCUACUUUUGGCGGUGUUUUUCGGACCCAUCCUGGUGGCAUCCGAAGGGAUCGAGUCCUACGAGAAUUACUAUAAUGAGAUCCAUGUGGAUGAUGAGCAGGCGGAGGCCAAGACCCGAAAUGCAUUGACAUCACCACUGCAACGUUGGCCUGGAAACAAGAUAUACUACCGAAUUUCUGGGGACUACAAUGAACAAGAGGUGGCUAAUGUCCGGACAGCCAUGUCUAGUUUUGGAGAACAAACCUGUGUGCAGUUCGAGGAGAUCGAAGGAUCCCCGCCCUCGGGCAAAAAAUAUGUGUCCUUCAAGAAAUCGCCCAAUAUGUGUGGAACUAGAGUAGGCUACCAACCCUUAUCCUUUGGUCCCCACGAAGUCCUUCUAAAUGAGAAGUGCCUCACCAUGCCGGCUGUCAUCCAACACGAAACUCUCCAUUUGCUGGGACUUUUCCACGAGCAAAGUCGUCCCGAUCGCGAUCAGUAUGUGCAAAUCGACUAUGAUAAUAUCCCGAGGAAGUACUGGUCGCAAUUUAUGGCCAUGGAUCAGACGACCACAUUCGAUGUCCCAUAUGACUACGAGAGCGUUAUGCACUAUUCGAAAAAUGCCUUCGCCAAGGAUCCCUCAAAACCAACAAUUCGGGCUUUAAUCGAGGGAAAAGCUGUGGAAAGGGAAAUGGGUCAGGUGCGGGGUCCUUCCGAGGGCGAUUGGACCAAAAUUCGACUUAUGUACAAGUGCUAAGAUUGGAAAAAAUACCUGC